UCUCGGGCGACUUAGACGGAUUGCGCGUCAUCUCGCCUUCCUAAAUUUUCCCCUUCUGCAGUUCGAAUCCAAAACAUCUAUCUAUAGUACCGAGUACGGGAGAAAGAUGUUUAACUCGGUGAAUCUGGGAAACUUCUGCACCCAGACCCGCAAAGACCGGACAUCCGAGUUUGGAGACAGGACGGGCUGCGCCUCAAACAUCUACCUCCCCAGCUGCACCUACUACGUCCCGGAAUUUUCCGCCGUGUCUUCUUUUCUUCCACAGGCCUCGUCGCGGCAGAUAACCUACCCAUAUUCCUCAAAUCUUUCUCAAGUGCAGCCGGUACGUGAAGUUUCCUACGGAUUGGACCCUUCUAGUAAAUGGCACCAUAGAAGCAAUUAUGCAUCAUGCUACUCAGGAGAAGAUCUGGUGCACAGGGACUGUCUACCGCCAUCCACCAUGACAGAAAUGCUUAUGAAAACGAACGAGAGUGUGUACAGCCACCACCACCACCACCCCAGCUCCAACCAUCCCUCCACAGGGUUCUACCCCGGAGUGGGGAAAAACAACGUCCUCCCUCAAGGUUUCGACCGCUUUUUUGAGACCGCAUACUGCGGCACGGACAAUCAGUCGGCGGAGAAUUGUUUACAAAAGAGCGAGGCUAGUAAGCUAGAAACAGAGACCCAGCAGUCAGCGGGUCUACCGGGUCCCCCAGACCAGGACAAGGACCCGGAGGAGGAGGAGGAACAUACAAAUUCGGCCUCGUGUACGUCUUCAGCAACCAAGGAUGCCAGCAAGAACAGCCACUCCAGUACUCCUCGAACGAGGAAGAAGAGGUGUCCAUACUCCAAAUUUCAGAUUCGAGAACUGGAGCGGGAGUUCUUCUUUAACGUUUACAUCAACAAAGAGAAAAGGCUGCAGCUUUCCCGGAUGCUGAACCUCACUGACCGACAGGUUAAAAUCUGGUUUCAGAAUCGAAGAAUGAAAGAAAAGAAAUUAAGCAGAGAUCGUUUGCAAUAUUUUUCUGGAAACCCCUUAUUGUGAGCAUGUGAGGAAUGUAAUAGCAUAAUGAUGGCAGUCAUACGUCAAUGACACUCUUUUUCUCAGUGAAUUCUUAUCACCAGUAAUACACAAGGUUAAAGUUACUUGUCCAAAAGGAGCCCAUAUCAACAGCAAUGUUGAGAAAAUAAAUGUUAAGAGAACGUUACUCCGAUUUCCAACAUUUGGGGUGGGCGUAAUAAGGUGCCAUUUUCCUGUAGCUUUUGUGCGCAGAAGAAUUUCUAGCUCAGAUUUACAGUUGAUUAUAUGAUAAUCAUUUAUAUGCUGUCGUCGAGUUCAUAUGAAUUUCCGAUUAUUUACCACGCAUCUUUAUUGUGUUUAUUCACUUGUGCAUGUCACGAGUAUUAUUCUAUUAAAUGUUGCUACACAAUUUGCAUACCAUAAUAGGCCUAUUGGAUAUUUAAACGUUCCCUUCAAUCUGGUUGCUUGAUGUGUAGCCUACUAUAAAACCAAGAUUUCUUUUCGACCAGAAUAUUGAACACAAAAUAGUAUUUACAGGCUUCUUUGCCAUCGAAAACUGUGACGUGAACAAUCUGUAAUAAUGGUUUCCUUGUACAGACUAUGCAACAAUGUGCAUUCGUGACUGUAAAUAUUAUUUUAUUUUUAAUUUCUCCCUUUUCCUGCUGCUAUUUUCUUAACACCAUCCAAGCAAGCUGUGUACUUUAUAAGCUUUAAUGUUAACAAUUUAAUGUUAAAUUAUUUGCUUUAUGCUCGGUGUUUCCUUAUGAAAGAGGAGGAGGUAAAUGCAUAUGUCCUUGGGCCUGUGUAUCAUUAAUAUAAAGAUACCUAUGAAAUAAACAGACGUAUAAAUCAA